CUCGGUGUCCUCAAGGUACUCAACUCUCGCUGCCGUCAGACGCCGCAAUUUUGCCAUCUCACGCCAUACCACCACUUCUCUGAGCACAGCUUGUCCCCUUUGCUGUGCAUCAAUCACCUGGGAUCUGGUCGCAUAAUCCAAGACAUCGUUUCUGGGCACUUGAUCUGCCUUUGUACAACCUCAAUCCCUCUUCCUUUCCUUUUUUCUCGUCGCAAAAACACGGUCAAUACCUAAAGCCCGAUAACCGAAGUCCCCGAAGUCCGACAGCCGGACUAGAGAAAGACAGCACCCCGCCAGAUGAGCACGACAUGUAAAAGUUCUUUUGCCCUCUCGAAUGCCCUCGUGAGCAUCGACAUGCCUUUCGACCUUCAUACGAAACACCCCCGAGAAGAUAUGGCGGACACUGAAUGGGAAGAACCUGCCCGGAAGAGACUGCGGCCCAACCCACAACAAGACGAGGAGGAUCACAAGUGUGAAGACCACUGUGAAGACACGAGACAUCUCCAGCACGUGCUGGACACCCAAAAAGACAAAAGCAUCACAAUUGCUUCCACCGCGAAGCACGCUCGCCAGACAGUAGCACCGUUUUUGGCCAAGCACAUUCCCUCGCAAUACGCGCCCUUGGGAAAGCCCGGAAGACCUCCGGGUAUCUUCCAAGAGAACAAGGACGCAAACUCCAAGUUCUGUUAUCGACACCGACCCGACCUGCUGUGUCGCCGGCAAGCGGAUGAGCCAUCGAUGGACAAACUGCAAAAAGAGCUCGAAGCCCUCUCACAGGAAGACCGACAGGGCAUCGUCCAGGUCUGGUCCUUGUUCUCGGCGGCACCAUCCAAACACCGCAAUCUUAUGCUGCAAGGCAUUCUCGCACAAUGCUGCUUCUCGCAACUCUCCUUCCUCUCGGCAAACGUUCGCGAGCUCAUUCGCAUCGAUUUUAUCUCCGCUCUCCCACCGGAAGUCGCAUUUCGCAUCCUAUGCUUCCUGGACACAACUUCUCUGUGCAAGGCUGCACAAGUGUCCCGGAGGUGGAGAGAGCUAGCGGACGACGACGUUGUCUGGCACCGCAUGUGCGAGCAGCAUAUUGACCGCAAAUGCACCAAGUGUGGCUGGGGUUUGCCGCUCCUUGAAAGAAGAAGGCUGCGUGCCUCGAAGAGACAGAUAGAACUUCGAGCGGCUGGCAACACGGCACUUACCCCCGACCUAGUAAAAGAUGAGGACGCUCAACCAGGCGCUCCGGUAUCCUCUGAAAGCGAGUGCCUAUAUGAACAUUCCGACAUUGAAAAGUCAUCUGAUGGCCGACUGUCCCCAGUAGCCACCAGACGACCGCCACUCGGCGCCAGCGACAGCGAAUCCUGUAGAAAAACCCGCCCAUGGAAGGAUGUCUAUAAAGACCGAUUCAAGGUCGGCACCAACUGGAAAUAUGGACGCUGCAGCAUCAAGAUCCUGAGGGGCCAUUCCAAUGGAGUUAUGUCGCUGCAGUUCUACGACAAUAUCCUGGCCACGGGUUCAUACGACGCCACCAUCAAAAUCUGGAAUCUAGACACUGGCGAAGAGCUGCGAACACUGAGGGGCCAUGCAAUGGGCAUUCGCUGCCUGCAGUUUGAUGACAACAAGCUGAUCAGUGGGAGUCUUGACAAGACUCUCAAGGUCUGGAAUUGGAGAACGGGCGAAUGCAUUGCAACAUACAACGGCCACACCGAAGGCGUGAUUGCGCUCCACUUUGACUCGAGCAUUUUAGUGUCCGGGUCCGUCGACCACACUGCAAGGGUAUGGAAUUUCCAGGACCGCUCGGUCUUUACCCUUCGCGGCCACACCGACUGGGUCAACUCGGUCAAGAUCGAUACAGCCUCUCGCACCAUCUUUACUGCAUCUGACGACUGCACCGUCAAAUUGUGGGACUUGGAUACCAAGAAAUGUAUCCACACUUUCGAAGGUCACGUAGGCCAGGUGCAGCAGGUCCUGCCUCUGCCCCGCGAAUUUGAGGCCGAUGAAGAGGAAGACCAGGAAGAAUCCGAACCGGGAACCCCCAACAGUCAUCUGACGGUCGACACGGAAAAUGGCGGGUUUCCCACUUCCUUCCAUACCGACCAUGCUGGCCUGUUCUGCUCUCAACCCGAUCGACCUCAACCGCCCCGGUACAUGCUAACCUCUGCAUUGGACUCCACCAUUCGGUUGUGGGAUGUGCAUUCCGGUCGAUGUAUCAGGAAGUUCUUUGGGCAUGUCGAAGGCGUUUGGGCUAUUGCUGCCGACACCCUGCGGAUUGUCUCUGGAGCCGAAGACCGCAUGGUCAAAGUGUGGGACCCUCGGUCCGGCAAGUGUGAACGCACGUUUACUGGACAUGCGGGCCCAGUUACUUGCAUCGGCUUGAGUGAUAGUCGCAUGUGUAGUGGUGGCGAGGACGGUGAGGUCCGAGUCUACAACUUUACGGCAUGAUUCUUGUCUUGUCUGGGGAAUUCUCUGGCAGGAUACGGUUGGGGCUAUAUGGGAUGGUGAAAUGGCUCGGUUUUCCAAUUUCUUUGGAGGGAAAUUCUAUCCUGCUGGUGUGUGCUAUUACGUUAGAGCCGGAGCUGGAAUCAAAAGGGCACGGGCUUUCUUUCUUUGGGUCUCAUAACAACAACAGCAUGGCGCCGGGCGUCUUUUCAUCUCCGCUGUUAUGUGAGCCACUAAUGAGUGUGGCGGAUCUUGCGGGCUUUGGACAAGUCACGGUCGUGGUUUAGGGCACAGUUUGUGGCCUAUGGCGUUCAAUCCAGGACCCGGUCCGGGUCAAGCUCGUUCGCUUCCAUUUUUUCUAUGUCUGACAGAGGCACCAUGCUGGGUAUGACAUUCAUAAUCCUAAGCCAGGAUUUUAGCCCGGUGCUCUUUGGUCUUUUCCAUAGGUCGUGUGAGGGAAAUAGACAAAAUUGAGGUUGAUCAAAAUAAGCCAAGUUCACACACAAUCCC